AUGAUCAAAACGCAAAACUCAAAAUUCUACCCGUGCUAUCAAGGAGGGCAGUUUAUUCACGUUGAGAAGCGUGUGCGUGGUGUUGGUACUGUUUCUACUCGGAUUAUAUGCCCGUCAUGUGCAGAACUCUGUGGCAGUCACUUCUGCGCACCUGAUAGAUACGUACGUCAACGAAUUGGUGACCCGACGAGAACUGUUGCACAGCCCAGCGUUCUAAUC